AUGAACAACUUGAAUGACCCACCUCGGUGGAACAUCCAACCAAACCACAGAGGAGGGGGUCCAGGGGCUGAAGAUGGGAACCAGUGGAACUAUGCUCUCCUUGUACCAAUGUUGGGACUGGCAGCUUUUCGCUGGAUUUGGACUCGAGAAUCUCAAAGGGAAAUCCAAAUGCUCAAAUCUCAAUAUGAAAAUGAUGUCUCCAUAAUCAGGGAUGAAAUGGAGACACGUUACAAAGACACCAUCACAGAGAGGCGCAAAGCAGCAGCUUUAGUUGAGCUUGAGCUGGAGAAAGAGCGUCAGAGAGUAAAGGGCUAUAAGCAAGCUUUGAUUUCACAGAGUCAGCAGCUGGUGGAAGAACGAAAGAAACUUCAAGAGGAACGAGACGCCUUGGACGAAGAGAAGGAACAACUGGUCAAGAGUGGGGCAGCUGGUUCACUCUUGCACCAAGCUCUGGAGAAAGAGAAUGAAUGGCACCUGCGAGCAACGUCCACUUUGACUGAGCUAGAGCACCUCCUAGUGGAGCGACAGAGUGCCUACUGCUCCAUUAUCCUGCCUAGAGAGCAACGCCUGGAAAUGGAGAAAAAAAUUCUACUGAGGGCCGUCAAAGAUCCAUUUGUGUCACAACUUAAUUUGGAGUUGGACUUGAAAGACAUUUUUAAGAGGGAUAAGCACUGUGCAGAUUUGCUUAACGUGGACAAGAGGAAGAAUGGGAGUUUAAUGUGGGUUUAUCUGAAAUACUGGCAACUGCAAGUCACCGUUCAGAAACACAGGAGAGCAGAAGAUGCACUUUUAGGAAAAACAAAGUGA